AUGGCGGAGGUGGACGUUGGUGCGAUACCCGUCUACAAGAGCUUGAUCGACGAGCUCCUGUCGCGCGCCGAACAUGCAAAACCAGAUGGACAAAUUGAACCCCCUUUGACCGAAACGCAGCUCGGAGACUCAUUCUGGCUUAUCCAAGGCGAGGAUGCGCAAUCUGUCAAGAAGCUAGGCCAGCAGACCCAGCUUGCCGCGGUCGAAAUUGCAUUCCGAGAGAAGUUCUACAGCCUUUUGGCCACCACGUCAAUCGACCAGCCCUCGUUUAUCCAAAUCUGGAAUCUCCUUGACAUCAUCUCGAUCUUCUCCGACAACGAACAAUGUGAGCCGGGCUUGAUCUUUUGGUUGAUUGAGGAAUUGCUCGACAGCCAGACCAUUGACGGAUGCCGGAAGGUUUUCGAUUAUCUGGAGUCGCGAAGAGAGCGCAAUACAAAGAAACAUUUCAAACAAAAAAGCUUAAUCAUCCUGAGAUCCUGCAAUGAGCUGUUACGGAGGCUCUCAAGAGCCGAAGAUACUGUCUUCUGUGGGCGUGUAUUCAUCUUUCUAUUCCAAAGCUUCCCACUGGGAGACAAGAGUGCCGUCAAUCUCCGGGGUGAGUACCACACGGACAAUGUCACGACUUACGAUGAGAUCGUCAAAGCCGCCGUCAGAGGGGGUGAUGAUGGUGACGUGGAAAUGUCGGACGAUAAGGAGGAAGAAGCGCCCGGAGAAGAAACCGAAGCCGUGGGUGCUGCUGCAGCUAGCGACUCGCAAGCAAAUGCGCAAGAACCUCCUAGCAUGCCCAGAGUGAUUGUCUCCAAGGCCAAAGAGCAGUCCGAGGAUAAGGCGGUUGACUUGGAUGCUCUCUACCCGAUAUUCUGGAGCCUGCAGGCCUACUUCUCUGCCCCAACCAAGACAUUCGACGCGCAACACUUCACAGCCUUCAAAGCCGGGCUUGAAGCCACACUCGCCACCUUCAAGCACGUGAACACGGAUCUCGAGACUUCCAGCAGCAUAAAGACUUCGGAAGAGCGUAAAUCCAGCAAGCGCAAACGAACCGCAGAUGGACAAGAGAUCGCGAGCAGCUUCAAUCCCAAGUAUCUAACAAGCAGGGACUUGUUCGACCUCGAGGUGAACGAUACCGCCUUUCGAAGACACGUGCUUGUCCAGGCCCUCAUCCUUCUGGACUUUAUGCUCUCACUUACCGCAAAAGCCAAAGCCAAGCUUGCCGACUUGACUAACAAAUCAGUCUUGUACGGGUUCUUGCUAAGCGAGGAAGAUGCUAAAUGGGCGGUCAAAAUACGGAAGUCCAUCGAGGAGUAUCUGCAGGAAGGUGCCGGCGGCAAAUUCUACUACCGAAUGGUGGACACCGUUCUUUCGAGAGACAAGAACUGGGUGCGAUGGAAAGCAGAAGGUUGCCCGUUGAUCGAGAGGCCGGCUGUUUCGGUGUCCGAAUACAUAGGUGCUCGUGAGCAUGCGACUAGGUCCUAUGCAAACAAACGCCUUCGCCCCUCGCCUAUGGGCUCGCUCAGCCUCCAAUUUCUCUCCGAAGGGGAAUCCCAGGCGGGCAUGGAAAGGCUAAAGGAUCCGGAAAGAUUCUCGGUCCCUGCUGCGGACUCCCUUAUGAUGAGUAUCAUGGACGACGAGUUAGAUCUCGACCUUGCUCAGACGAAAGAGGAAAAAGAUUACGCUCUGCGGUCAAAGGCGAGCAAGACCUGGCGCAUACUACGGCUCUCCGCAAAAAGCAAACUCGCGGCAUUUGACAAGAUUGAGGACGGCAAAAACCUGAAAAUCCUCUUCGCCACGGCCCAGCCAUCAGAUGGAACGCCCCAGACCCUGGAAGGUACCCCUCAGGCCUCAGAAGUCACGGCGUCGGGGAAGCCGUCGACGGAGGGCGAAUCCGCUGGACCGGGGCAGGACCUUGGAGCCACGACUGGGGAGGAUGGGAACACAACCGUCGCCACCGAACAGACUCUGGCUGAUCCCAAGGAUGCAAUUGCGCCAGACACUAAGGUGAUGUGA